GCAGCUAUCUCAAUUUUUCUCACUUAAUCUUGGCUUCACGUCAGAAGCUGUGCAGCAGUGCAGUAGAAUAAGGCCUGGCAAAUCCUUCGCGAGCAAAGCUUCUUUUGUGCUGGGACUGUGGCUUGCAAUCGACACCUCCCUGCUUUCCAAGGCUGGAUUUCUUACUGAUCUUGCUCCCCUUUGCUUCCCAGGCUCGCGGGCCGGACGUUGUGGGUGUGCGUGCUGGCUUUCUCCCGGAUGCUCUCCGACUAACAUGGAUGUCCCACCAUCCCUUGCAGUGGAAGGUUGCUCCUUGGCGCAGUGAGUGAAGAACAUGCAGCGAUUGCUAAUGGGUUUGGGAAGCGGAGACUCCUUCCUCUCUCUGUGACCAUGCCGUGAUCGUGUCUGCGGCCACCACUCGACGCAUCCUCAUUUCUGCCCGAACCGGGAGCCUAACGCUAGAUCGGGGAAGUGGGUGCCGCGCGUGUGGGCACAGAAACACCAUGAAGAUUAUUUCCCCGAUUCUAAGUAAUCCAGUCUUCAGGCGCACCUUCAAACUCCUGCUCUGUUUACUGUGGAUUGGAUAUUCUCAAGGAACCACUCAUGUAUUGAGAUUCGGCGGUAUUUUUGAAUAUGUGGAAUCUGGCCCAAUGGGAGCUGAGGAACUUGCAUUCAGAUUUGCUGUGAACACAAUCAACAGAAACAGAACCCUGUUGCCCAAUACCACCCUCACCUAUGACACUCAGAAGAUAAACCUCUAUGACAGUUUUGAAGCAUCCAAGAAAGCCUGUGACCAGCUGUCCCUUGGCGUGGCUGCCAUCUUCGGGCCUUCGCACAGCUCCUCGGCAAACGCGGUGCAAUCCAUCUGCAAUGCUUUGGGGGUUCCCCACAUUCAGACCCGCUGGAAGCACCAGGUGUCAGACAACAAAGAUUCUUUCUACGUCAGCCUCUACCCAGACUUCUCUUCACUCAGCCGUGCCAUUCUAGACCUGGUGCAGUUUUUCAAGUGGAAAACCGUCACAGUGGUGUAUGAUGACAGCACGGGUCUCAUUCGUUUGCAAGAACUUAUUAAAGCUCCAUCAAGGUACAACCUUCGACUUAAAAUCCGUCAACUACCUGCUGAUACAAAGGAUGCAAAACCCUUACUAAAAGAAAUGAAAAGAGGCAAAGAGUUCCAUGUCAUCUUUGAUUGUAGCCAUGAAAUGGCAGCAGGCAUUUUAAAACAGGCAUUAGCUAUGGGGAUGAUGACAGAAUACUAUCAUUAUAUUUUUACUACUCUGGACCUCUUCGCUCUUGAUGUAGAGCCCUACCGAUACAGUGGUGUUAAUAUGACAGGAUUCAGAAUAUUAAACACGGAAAACACCCAGGUCUCCUCCAUCAUCGAAAAGUGGUCCAUGGAACGGUUGCAGGCACCUCCGAAACCUGACUCAGGUUUGCUGGAUGGAUUUAUGACGACUGACGCGGCUCUAAUGUACGAUGCUGUGCACGUGGUGUCUGUGGCCGUCCAGCAGUUUCCCCAGAUGACCGUCAGCUCCUUGCAGUGUAAUCGGCAUAAACCCUGGCGCUUUGGGACCCGCUUUAUGAGUCUAAUUAAAGAGGCACACUGGGAAGGCCUCACAGGCAGAAUAACUUUCAACAAAACCAAUGGCUUACGAACAGAUUUUGAUUUGGAUGUGAUCAGUCUCAAGGAAGAAGGUCUGGAAAAGAUUGGAACUUGGGAUCCAGCCAGUGGCCUCAACAUGACAGAAAGUCAAAAGGGAAAGCCAGCCAACAUCACAGAUUCCUUAUCCAAUCGUUCUUUGAUCGUUACCACCAUUUUGGAAGAACCCUAUGUCCUGUUCAAGAAGUCUGACAAACCUCUUUAUGGUAAUGAUCGAUUUGAGGGCUAUUGCAUUGAUCUCCUCAGAGAAUUAUCUACAAUCCUUGGCUUUACAUAUGAAAUUAGACUUGUGGAAGAUGGAAAAUAUGGAGCCCAAGAUGAUGCCAAUGGACAAUGGAAUGGAAUGGUUCGUGAACUGAUUGAUCAUAAAUCAAAAAUCUCCACAUAUGACAAAAUGUGGGCCUUUAUGAGUAGCAGGAGGCAGUCGGUGCUGGUCAAAAGUAAUGAAGAAGGAAUCCAGAGAGUUCUCACCUCUGAUUAUGCUUUCCUAAUGGAGUCAACAACCAUCGAGUUUGUUACACAGCGGAACUGUAACCUGACACAGAUUGGCGGCCUCAUAGACUCCAAAGGUUAUGGCGUCGGCACUCCCAUGGGUUCUCCGUAUCGAGACAAAAUCACCAUAGCAAUUCUGCAGCUGCAAGAGGAAGGCAAGCUCCACAUGAUGAAGGAGAAGUGGUGGCGGGGCAACGGCUGCCCCGAGGAGGAGAGCAAGGAGGCCAGUGCCCUCGGGGUUCAGAACAUCGGCGGCAUCUUCAUUGUCCUGGCAGCCGGCCUAGUGCUCUCAGUGUUUGUGGCGGUGGGAGAGUUUUUAUACAAAUCCAAAAAAAACGCUCAAUUGGAAAAGGAAUCUUCUAUUUGGUUAGUGCCACCAUACCAUCCAGACACUGUUUAGUAAACUUUUGAAACUUACUAAAAGAGGUUUUUAAUAAUGAGGUCCUUCUGUAGUGCCAUGGUAGAAGAGCUGAGGAUGUCCCUGAAGUGCCAGCGUCGGUUAAAACAUAAGCCACAGGCCCCAGUUAUUGUGAAAACAGAAGAAGUCAUCAACAUGCACACAUUUAACGACAGAAGGUUGCCAGGUAAAGAAACCAUGGC